AUGUCCCGAUCCUUCUCAACUACCAUGCGGGCACUGCUCGAUAUUGUUUGGAAAAACACCCAAGCGAAACCCGACUACGAUGCGAUGAUUACCCGAUCAAUCGAGGCACACCCGAAAUUGAGUCAAUCGGCCAAGAGGGUCGAAGUUGCGGGCGACGAACAUGCCUCUAAGGCAGACACUGACCUGCGCGUAUCCGGACAGAUAUAUAGCAAGGAGGGAAUGAGGAUUACCUCAGGGCAUUGGUGGCGAUGGCUUCCGCCCCAAUACGUGGCCAUCAAGGUUAACGCAAACAAUUAUGCAUCUCAAGAGUCUGCUGAGAAGGAGCUGCACAUUACUGAGCAUAUAACCAAAGCAAACCCUCAGCACCCAGGUCGCAACUUUGUCGCCGUCCUGUUAGACUCGUUCCGUGUUGCUAGCCCGAGCGGCACUCAUAUUUGCAUGGUCUUCGAUGCGCUUUGUGAACCUCUAUGGAUGCUGAAGCAUCGUUUUGAAGGGGAAAAAAUCCCUCUUGAUGUCCUAAAACCGGUGUCCAAACUCAUACUAGAAGGACUACGGUAUCUCCACACCGAAUGCCACGUUAUUCAUACAGAUCUCAAAUCAGAUAACAUCUUACUGGCCCUACGCAACCCCUCUAUCCUGGACUCAGUCGCGCAAGAUGAGAUGAACAAUCCCUCCCCACGGAAACAACUGGACGGUCGGGACAUAUACUUAUCCCGAAAUUACUGGGGACUAUCACCCAAUGAACUGGGUAGAUCGGUAAUAACUGACUUUGGGCUCGCCGUGCGUGGGGACGGGCCCCCGAACAGCCACCCCAUCCAGCCAGAGGGCUAUAGGGCCCCAGAAGUUUGUCUCAGGGCCGAUUGGAGCUACAGUGUUGACAUUUGGAAUUUAGGAGUUAUGAUUUGGGACCUGUUCUAUGGCCACGGGCCCUUCGACAUAGCACCGAACGCGCGCGGCUCAGCCUCUGCAGAUGAAGCCCAUCUAGGUCAGGUCAUCUCCCUCCUGGGGCCCCCUCCACCCGAUCUUCUCAACCAAGGAAAAGAAGCAUCUCGAUAUUUUGAUGCUAAAGGACAAUUCAAAUUCCCCGAGCUCAUCAGAAAGAAGGACAUAGUCUCUAUGGCUAAGGAAAUUGACAAUUACGACGGAAUACCCCAGUUUGUAGACUUUGUUUCUGGAAUGCUGCGCUGGAGGCCCGAGGACCGGACGACGGCGGAAGACCUGCUUUCCCAUCCGUGGCUUCUGCAAACGAAACCCGUGAAUGGGUGA